AUGGGUCUGCUCGAUCUCAUCAAAGGACGGAUGAUCAUUGUCGGGCAAAUCCAGCUGUUGUACCACGAAGCGGACGGUGCUGUCCUUUUGCUUGACAAAGGAAUGACCACUGUUUCGAUCCUUCUCGAUGGACCCGCACAGAUGGUGUUUUUGGCUCAGCGUUCGCUCCAGACCUACCUUCAGCAUUUGGAUGACGUGAGUCUUGUCACCAUCAUCCAGCCGGAAAAAGAUGACAUAGUUCUUGUAGCUGCAGACGCUGAGAUAGUUGAGGGUGGAGAGUUUGAACCGUUCCUCCGGGUCAUUUUCCCAACCGAAUGGAUGAAGGUGAAUAUGUCUUGCUAG